AUGGCUGCACCUGAUUUUAGUUAUGAAAGCUUGUGUAUCCAAUAUCCUGAUGAGGACGUACCAUUUGUUCUCAAGAUUGGACUCAUCCAUUUGUUGCCCAAGUUUCAUGGCCUUGUAGGUGAGUGUCCGCAUAAGCAUCUGAAAGAUUUCCACUAUGUGUGUUCAUCCAUGAGGCCUCAAGGUGUUCCUAAGGAUCAAUUCUUCUUAAGGACAUUUCCUUAUUCAUUAGAGAAUGCAGCAAGGGAGUGGAUGUACUGCUUAGCGCCUAGAGCCAUCACCAGUUGGGAUGAUAUGAAGAGCUGUCCUCACCAUCAGAUACCAGAGACACUCCUUCUCCAAUAUUUCUAUGAAGGUCUCAAUAGCUUGGAUAGGAGUAUGAUUGAUGCUGCCAGUGGUGGAGCACUAGGAGUUACGACUCCUACUGAAGCCAGGCAAUUGAUUGAGAAGAUGGCUUCCAACUCCCAGCAGUUUGGCACUAGGAGUGAUACUAUUGUGGUGAAGGGAGUACAUGAUAUUGUUACCCAGUCUUCAUCAUCUUAUGAUAGGAAAUUAGAAAGCAAGAUUGACUCCCUUGUGAGUUUGGUGUCACAGAUGGCUUCAAAUCAGAGACCAGCAUCUCCCUCUACAUCUGUUGCACGACAUUGUGGUUUGUGUCUCUCCAGUGAGCACUAUACAGAUGACUGCCCUGCUUUGCAGCAACCUACUGGCCAUAAUGCAUCUCCAGCCUAUGCUGCAAACAUACAAACUAGCAGGCAGCCAGAACAACCAAAUUAUGACUUGUCCAGCAACAGAUGGAACAAUAAUGCACAACAGCAACAGCAACCACCACUUUUCGAGAAUGCUGCAGGUCCUAACAAACCAUAUGUGCCUCCACAUGUUCAGAGAUAUCAGAGGCAACAACAGCAUGAGAUUCCUGCUCAGCCAACUCUCCAACUUCCCAUGUCUUCUUCUGAGCUUACCUUGGAGGAGUUGGUGAAGCAGAUGACUAUUCAAAAUAUGCAAUUUCAGCAGGAAUCCAGAGCUCAGCUUCAGCAGUUUCAGCAGUUUCAACAGGAAACAAGGGCCUCAACCCAAGAGACAAAAGCUUCCAUCCAGAGCUUGACUAAUCAGAUGGGACAGAUAGCCACACAGCUAAAUCAGGCACAGUCACAAAAUUCUGAGAAGUUACCAUCUCAAACUGUGCAAAAUCCUAGAAAUGCGAGUGUCAUCACCCUCAGAUCUAGGAAGCAGAUUGUUGUGCCCACUGAGUCAACUCCUACACCUACACCCACACCUGCUACUUGUCAAAGAAAAGAGGACCAGACUGGUCCAAGCAGGAAAUUUCAGGUGGGUGGACCUUCUUCCUCUCCCGGUGGUUCUUCUCCUCUAGGUGGACCUUCUUCUUCUUCCACCACCACUAGUGUGCCUCCUCUAUUGUCUGAGCGACCUAUACCUCUUCCCUUCCCUCCAAGGGCAAUUCCUAGCAAAAAGAUGGAAGAGGUGGACAAGGAGAUAUUGGAGACCUUCAGGAAGGUAGAGGUGAACAUACCUCUACUUGAUGCAAUCAAACAAAUCCAAAGUAUGCAAAAUUCAUGA